CACCCGAAGACAGACGGCCGGCAAGAUGGCGGAGCGGGCGCUGAUGCUGGAGGCCGACGGCAUCGUCAAACGGAUCCUCCACGUCGGCAGCGGGCCGCUGCUGGACUUCGCCGACGGCACCAAGGCCACCUUCCACUACCGGACACUGCGGUGCAACGAGGAGCGCACGCUGGUGGACGACAGCCGGGAUCGGGGGAAACCCAUGGAGCUCAUCAUCGGCAAGAAGUUCAAGCUGCCCGUCUGGGAGACCAUCGUCUCCUCCAUGCGGCAGGGCGAGGUGGCCGAGUUCCGCUGUGACACCAAGCACGUCCUGGUCUACCCGAUGGUGUCGAAGAGCCUGCGUAACAUCGCGGUGGGGAAGGACCCCCUCGAGGGACAGAGGCACUGCUGCGGGAUCACACAGCUCCACGAGCACCACUCCCUGGGUCACCCCGAUCUCGACGACCUGCAGAGCAACCCUCAGCCUCUCAUCUUCCUCAUCGAGAUGCUCAAGGUGGAGGAACCGGGCAGCUACGAGCAGGAGGCCUGGGCGAUGUCCGACGAGGAGAAGCUGGAAGCCGUGCCUCACAUCCACGAGGAAGGGAACCGGCUCUUCAAGGCCGGGAGGGUGAAGGAGGCGGCCAAGAAAUACCACGACGCCAUCGCCUGCCUGAAGAACCUGCAGAUGAAGGAACGCCCCGGUGACGAGCAUUGGAUGGCAUUGGAUGGGAUGAUUACCCCGCUCCUGCUGAAUUACUGCCAGUGCAAGAUGAUGCUGGAGGAAUACUACGAGGUGAUCGAGCACUGCACCUCCAUCAUCAACAAGUAUGAAGACAACGUCAAGGCUUACUUCAAGCGGGGCAAGGCCCAGGGAGCAGUGUGGAACGAGGCAGAGGCUCGCAAGGACCUGUCCAAGGCGGCCCUCCUCGACCCCAGCCUCGCUUCCCUGGUGAGCCGGGAGCUCAGACAGAUCGAGGACAGGAUCCGGAGGAAGGAAGAGGAGGAGAAAGUCCGGUACAAGACCUUGUUCCAGUGAGCGACCCCUCCCUCCCUCGCCCCACGUCACCCCCCGAGGAACUCAACUCUCCCCGCAACCCCAGGCCCACUCCUGGGUCUGCCAUCCCCAAGAAGGAGUCUCCGCACCGUCCCGCACCAUGUCUGACCCCAGGAGUGUGUGACGGGACGGUGCGGAGGGAGCCUCACCCUGUGUCUGAACCCAGGAGUGUGUGACGGGACGAUGCGGGGACAGCCUCACCCUGUGUCUAACUUUGGGAGUGUGUGACGGGACGGUGAGGGGGGAGCUUCACCCUGUGUCUGACCCCGGGAGUGUGUGACGGGACGGUGAGGAGGGAGCUUCACCCUGUGUCUGAGCCCGGGAGUGUGUGACGGGACGGUGAGGGGGGAGCUUCACCCUGUGUCUGAGCCCGGGAGUGUGUGACGGGACGGUGCGGGGGGAGCCUCACCCUGUGUCUAACUUUGGGAGUGUGUGACGGGACGGUGCGGAGGGAGCUUCACCCUGUGUCUGACCCCGGGAGUGUGUGACGGGACGGUGAGGAGGGAGCCUCACCCUGUGUCUGAGCCCGGGAGUGUGUGACGGGACGGUGCGAGGGAGCCUCACCCUGUGUCCGACCCCGGGAAUGUGUGACGGGACGGUGCGGGGGGAGCCUCACCCUGUGUCCGAACCCGGGAGUGUGUGACGGGACGGUGCGAGGGAGCCUCACCCUGUGUCUGACCCCGGGAGUGUGUGACGGGACGGUGCGGGGGGAGCCUCACCCUGUGUCUGAACCCGGGAGUGUGUGACGGGACGGUGCGGGGGGAGCCUCACCCUGUGUCUAACUUUGGGAGUGUGUGACGGGACGGUGCGGAGGGAGCUUCACCCUGUGUCCGACCCCGGGAGUGUGUGACGGGACGGUGAGGAGGGAGCCUCACCCUGUGUCCGACCCCAGUAGUGUGUGACGGGACGGUGCGGGGGGAGCCUCACCCUGUGUCCGAGCCCGGGAGUGUGUGACGGGACGGUGCGAGGGAGCCUCACCCUGUGUCCGACCCCGGGAGUGUGUGACGGGACGGCGCGAGGGAGCCUCACCCUGUGUCCGACCCCGGGAGUGUGUGACGGGACGGCGCGAGGGAGCCUCACCCUGCACCCAAGAGACACGUUGGCAGGAAGGGGGCUCCUGCUUCCCGACGGGGAGCUUGGCAGGGAGGGGGUGAAUUUUUCAGCGUUGCCAACGUUUUGCGAUCUGCCAUGUCCUGUUGUUAUAAUUGUGUUCGUGUACCGGGCUUGGCUGUGCUUGCGUGUUACCUGUUCAUGCCUGUACAUACAAACAUCCAUUAAAUAAGCUGUC